AUGAAUUUAUCCGAGUACUUUCGGUCUUUUGCCCUAGCCGUGGGGUGGCUGUCGGAUACUGAGGGCGAUGAUGAUUCUGGCCUGCCACAAGGCGAUGUCGAGGAAUCCGAGGGCCAGAGCCCUGGCACGGAAUAUUCUACCGAAACCAAUUCGACCGAAACCACAUUCUACGAUAUCGCCUCGCAUGGCCCUAGUUUAUCCGAUCUCCCAGUUGAGAUGUUUGGCAUGGUCAUUGCGCGACUUUCAAGGCAGGAUGUGAAGCACCUACGACUCGUCAAUCGGGAAUGCGAGGCUAAAGUAUCGACACACUACUUCAUGGAAGUGGUCAUACCGUUUCGCUCCCAAUUCUUCGAUUCUUCGGCUACUGAUGGCGGACGAGCGAUCAAAAACAUGUCAACAACCAUGCUUUCUAAAGGUGGGCGAGUAUUUGGCGAGUUUGGUCACCUCAUCCGUCGGUUCGCGCUUUCUCUGGAGCUUGACGAAGGGGCCCUAGAGUAUCCUCCUCUCAAACCGAAGCAGGAUGUCAUACGCACAUUUUGGGGGUUAUAUCGAUGGCCGCAUGCACGUUACAGCCGGUACCAAGAUGUCAGCAACAUGGAAAACGAUGCAGACGAGUUCAGAGAAAUGAAAAAAGCGCUGCGGUGCCUAAGCCACGUUACGACGCUUGGUCUAUGUUCGGAUGUAGGCUUGGGCUUUCUAUCCGGACCAAUGGUCCAGGCUAGACACAACACGAUUCGUCAUCGUGUCUUUCAAGACCCUGAUUGGAGGCGGCAGAAGGAAAAGCGCAAGAUAACACCAUUGCCUGUGAUCACCGUCGGCGAAACCCUGCCAGCCUCUAGUCCUGUGCCUAGAGCAACAGGCGCAACGGCCCACGAUUGGAAGACAGGUGUGCUUCAGGCGAUGCUGCAAAAUGCUGAAUUUAAAGAGGAGCAGAUGCAAGCGGCAUUGAACCUGCUUUUAGUGUCAGAAAACCUAUCCGCAGUAUCCGAUAUCGACUUUGAUGAAAGCCAUGAACCCGAACCACCAAAGGAGACGGAGCCAGAUGAACUCUGGGACUUGCUCCCUGUCUUCCGGCCAAUCUUUCAUCCGCCAGCCUCAGCGGUCAAUAAGAGGCAGAAAAGGGUUUCUGAUUAUGCUCUGGCACCGUCGGCAUUAACCCUUCCACAGAAGGAAAUGCUUCUUGAACUUGAAUGGGCACAUCGCGCUAUGACGCAGUCCUUCAUACUGUCAACAGUUGACUGCUCUGGCGAGGGAUGUUUUCAACAUCUCACGACAUUCAAUGUCGCCAAGAUUCCCAGCUCUCAUUUGCAUAUACUGAGCCGUCCUGAUUUCUGGAAGUCUUUCCCGACCCUGAAAAACCUUUCUCUGGGUGUGGUUGCGGAUUGGCGUCGUGUUUACGUGCCUUCUCCCGGAUGCGUUGACGAAAUGUCUGUGUCGCCGCUCCAUGCUGUGCCUCUCGUCCAUGCACUCAUCAAAGACUACAUCAGUGUCGAGUCAAAAAUCGAGAAUUUCCAUUUCGAAUGGAUCUGUGGCGGCGAGCUGGCUUCUGGAUGUCACCAGCGAAACCAGUACAUCUUACCCGCUCCGUUCUUUGCAUCGCCAGAAGACAUGGCCCGACCCGUCAUGGCCAGAGUCGGCGCCGACAGUGACCUGCUGCGGCUCCCAUACGUGAAGAACCUAUCCCUCAAAAAUUGUUGGGUGGCACCACAUGUGCUGCUUCAGUCUUUGCGUGAUUUCGCUCUCUUUUCUCUCGAAAGAGUUGAAUUUGAGGGCGUCUCACUGUCUGUGAUGCCAUCAACGCUCGAGGAUCCACUGCCUACGAGCCUGUUCCAAUUAGGAGGAGGAAGCAAUUCAUUCACGUUUUGGCAUGACAGAUUUCCCCUAAAGCAGCCCUCCUGGCUGUCGUGGGCAGGCCUCAUUGAGCAUUUCUCGCCGUCGUGCAAGGUUCGAGACGCACUUAACAGAGGGGACGCCACUGCCAGGGAAAGAAUUGCUGACGCACGACUAAAUACGCUCGAUGAACUGGCACGUAUCAUCCCUGACGCGCGUGAGCUGCCUGACGAAGAGGGCUCCUACAAACUCGACUCGAUCACGUUCAAGUCAUGCGGCUAUGUCAGUCUUGACCAUGAGAACUUUCGCAUCGACGCCAUGAUUCCGGUGUCUAAGCUCGCGCUACUCACGGAUAUGCUCCCUACGCAUUCGGAGUUUACGCCGGUCAUGCAGCACUGCAAGGAUACACUCGUGGGCCGAACCGUAAGUUUCGGCAUGUUAAAUGACAGCACACCACUGAGGGAUGUAUUCUGUAUGUCAAUGGGGUGGGAGGGUGUUUAUGAUGUCAAGGUAAUACGGGCAGCCAGAGCCGACGGUUGUCGGAUCCCCGGUGCGGGACGGUUCUCCGGCACACUGGCAAAAGAUGAUAUUGGUGUAAAGCCUGAAAUGAACAAGAGACGGCUGUUCGUGUAA